CUGCCGCCGCGCCCUCGGCGCCGCGCCCGGCGGGGAGCCGCCUGUUGAUCGCCGCGCUCGCCCCGACCGCGGCGCCGCCCCUGCCCGGCGGUCCCCGCUACCUCCGGGCGGACGGACCGACUGCCCGCACCGCCGGCUCCGGGAUGGGCGCACGGACGGUAUUCUGAAGUCUCAGGAAGCUGCCCUGUUUAAAUGUUCGUGACCCAUGAGAAGGGCAUAUAAGAAGCCAUGGCGCUCCCCUUUCAAAAAGAGCUGGAGAAAUACAAGAACAUUGAUGAGGAUGAGCUUCUUGGCAAACUCUCAGAAGAGGAACUGAAACAGUUGGAAAAUGUUCUUGAUGACCUAGAUCCCAAGAGUGCACUGCUACCAGCUGGAUUCCGACAGAAAGACCAGACCCAGAAAGCAGCCACUGGCCCGUUCGAUCGCGAGCACCUCCUCAUGUACCUGGAGAAGGAAGCUUUGGAACAGAAGGACAGGGAAGACUUUGUGCCCUUCACUGGAGAAAAGAAAGGGAGAGUCUUCAUCCCCAAAGAAAAGCCCAUAGAAACUCGUAAAGAAGAAAAAGUGACCCUUGACCCAGAACUGGAAGAAGCUUUGGCCAGCGCCUCCGACACCGAGCUCUAUGAUCUUGCAGCUGUUCUUGGAGUACACAAUUUACUCAACAAUCCAAAGUUUGAUGAAGAAAUGGCCAGUACUAAAGGUGGCAAAGUGCCUGUGAGAAAUGUGGUCAAAGGUGAGAAGGUCAAGCCAAUAUUUGAGGAACCACCCAAUCCUACCAAUGUGGAAGUAAGUCUGCAGCAGAUGAAAGCCAAUGAUCCCAGCCUGCAAGAAGUCAACCUCAACAACAUUAAGAACAUUCCAAUUCCAACCCUGAAGGAAUUUGCAAAAGCUCUGGAAACCAACACUCACGUAAAGAAGUUCAGCCUGGCUGCAACCCGUAGCAAUGACCCUGUGGCGAUUGCUUUUGCAGAUAUGCUGAAAGUAAAUAAGACCUUGAAAAGCCUCAACAUCGAAUCCAAUUUUAUCACUGGGUCCGGGAUCCUGGCCCUGGUGGAGGCACUGAGAGAGAAUGACACCCUGACGGAGAUCAAGAUCGACAACCAGGACACGUGAGCUCCUUCAGGGCAGGUCCUCUGCCCCUCGACUCCUCCAGAGGCUUGCUGCCAGGGGAGCAGGGGAAGCUACAGAAGACAGGUGCUCCUUUAUUCUCACCCUCCCCAGAAAGGAUGCAUCACCAAAGCAGCUUUCCCAAAUGAAGAUAUGUGAAGGGGAUAUACACACCCAGCCGUACACUCUCAGGAAGCUGGAUGCCGUGUAUCCUGGUGUGUGUCCAGCUGCUAGUAAAUUUAAAAAGAGGCAUCAGGGAGUGGGAGAGUAGGAAAAUGAGCUAGAGAGAAAUAUGAACUGAAAGAAAAGAUGUGAUAGCUCAGGAAUAUUUAUCAGUUGAACUAGUAUUAGGCAGUAGUUAAGUGAGCUCUUAGCAUAUUAUUUCCAGGACAUCUACGACAGAAGUGGAUACCUUAUUCCAAAGUGUAUUUAACUUAUGUUGGUUUAGGUCAUUAUGAAACCCCGUAUCUGAAGUAAUGUUCCAGAAACUAUGUUCCUGGUUCCUUGUAAGAUACCACCUAGUUAGGAUUGCCAGAUAAAAUACAGUUAAAUUUGAAUUUCAGAUAAACAACAAAUAACUUUUAGUAUAAGUAUGUACCAUGAAAUAUUUGGGACAUACUAUACUAAAAUAUAUUUUUUUCUUUUUAUUUAUUGAUAUUAUUUAUUUUUAUUAAUCAAAAUUCAAAUUUAACUAGGUGUCCUGUAUUUUUAUUUGCUAAAUCUGGCAACCCUACAUCUAAUGAGUGAGAUGGAAACCUGAACAUUGAGACGAGAGCAGCUUUUCCUAAUGCAUGUGAAGAAGACCCUGAAAUACAAAUCCUGAAUUUGCUCUCUUAAAUCCCCUUACAUCAACCUUAUCACCCCUUUUCAGUCAUCUAGAAUGGAAUGGUGUAGUUUUCCCACUUUAUUCCCCAAUAUGCCUCUGAAAUAGCUUCUUUACAUUUCUGACAAGAGGAUUGAGACUUUCUAGAGCAACCGGAAAAAUUCCUUGCUUUAUUCCAAGAAAGAGGAAAUUCAGAGUCAGAACUUGAUUUCCAUCCAAAUUCUGCUUAUCGACUCAUAGCCUAUUAGAAGUAGACCUCAGUUUCCUCGUCUGUGUAAUGAAGGGUUUGAAAUAAAAUAAUCUGCAAGACCGUUUCCUCAGGCAGGGCCAGCAGCUGAGACCAAUUUAGCACCCUUGGGGCAGGCAGCCACGCCAAAGUGAAGGCCUGCUGAGAGCCUGUCACUGGGGCAGGCUGCUGUGGCUAGGCUCUGGGUAAAUAGGUAAUGAUUUAAUCAGAUGCCCCGUGUGAGAAGGACAAUCGGUGAUGCAUAUUAAUGAAACAGAUGGGUAACUGCUAAAGAAAUUUGAGUAAACAAAAAAGGUCAUUAAAAAAACAGAAGAAAUGUAUGCUUAAACUUUGAUUUUUCUUUUUCAUUUGUAUUUAGUGACUUAUAAAAGGGAAACAGACAAAUUAUAAGAAAUUUUGGCCUACAUUUGUUGCCCUGGGUUUAUAUGACACAGAAGACCUCAAAUAAAAAGACUCAGGCUGAGAAAGAAGGUGCCCUGUGUUACAUUACUUUCUCCCUUUCUUUUCUAUGCUCCUUCCCAAUAUAAUUUUCUGCAGCUCCUACAUCCCUUAUAUAGCCAUCAGCAUGCCCAUCCUGCAUAUUACCCAAGCGCAGGACUCCAAAGACGUGAAAUUUGUGAGAGGAAGUAAAGGGACUUUUAUGUCAUCCCUCCCCAUCAGCCACAACCCCAUGAGCUCCUUCUGCCCUUGGAUAGCACCAGGGGCAUAAGGCAUAGCUAUGGCAGCCCCAGCCUUAGCUCAAGUCUCAAUCUUUAGUACAGCGCACUGUUCUAAAGCAUGUCGUGAGCUAAAGUUGUUCAUGAAACUGUGAGGUCAGGAUCUCUUUUCUCUGCCUCUCCCUCCCAUUAGCUUAGAACACUAAUUUCUACACUGGAUACCCAAAGUUGUUAUUGUCUAACUGGAAAUACCACAUUUUGUUAAUUUCUUGGGGAGAGACUGGUUUGACAGGUUGCUGAGUGAAAAGAAAGAAAAGGAGCAAAGAAUUAGACCUUAGGCCUUGCCUAGAACAUAAAAGUUUCUCUCUAAAUUUUCUCCUCCACCUGCUCAAUACUUACAUUUUCCAAAUUUAAAAGGUGUAUUUUUAAAAUAUAAUAAAGCAAUCAGAAUUGCAUGAUGCUGGCAUAGAAAUAGACUUGGCAGAACAGUGGAUUCCUGAAACAGAUCCAAGUACACCUGAGAAUUUUGUAGCAAAGUACCUCCGUGAGGAAAGGAUAAAGUAAAAGAUAGUGGGACAAUUUCACUAGCAUUUUGGAACAAGAUUAAGUUGGGGCUCUAUCUUGAUUCUUAUACUAAAAUUCACUCCAGAUGAAAUGAAGAUUUAAAUAUGAAAAUAUAUGAAAUCAUAAAAUGGAAGAAAUCAGAAGGAUUUCUGAUAGAAGAAAUCAGAAGAGCCUUCCUAAACAUGAUAUAAAAUCUAGAUUGAUAUAAAUUUAGCCACAUGAAAAUGAAAAGAGAAUCAAAAAAAAAAGUCAAAAGACAAACUGAACAAAGUAUUUUCAACACAUUUGACAAAAGGCUAAUUUCCUAAUAUAUAAGAAACUUACAAAUUAAAAAAAAAAAGGAACCAUGGGCUGUUUAAAAAAUAUAUACAAAUGACAGAGAUUGGUAGUUUCCAAAAAGAGAAAUACAGACGCAUAAGAAAAUUAAUUGUUCUUACUCAUAAUUUGAGAAAUGCAAAUUAAAGCAAUUAAAUAAAUAGAAGUGAAAUAUAAAUCUUUACCAAUUAGAAUGACAAACGGGGAAAAGAUUGAUAAUAUCCUAUGUUGGCCAGGGUAGGGAAAAUAGUAAAUCUCAAACACUGUUAGUAGGAGUAAAAAACUGUCAUACUUUUGAGGGUAAGUGAGUAAUGUAUCAAAAUUUGAAACAUGCUUACUCUUGGGCCCAGCCCUAAUUUGCCCUACAGGCACACUUGCAGAAAUGUCCUAGGAUAUACUGUGUGUGCGAGGGAAAUUCACUGCAGCAGCGUUGUUUGGAAUAGUAGAAAUGGAAAAGGUGUUCUCAAUGUUAAAUGAGAAAUAAAAAUGUUUCAGAACAAUAUGCCGGUAUAAUCCAUUUAUGUGAAAAAGCAUACAUGUACAUAUGAUUAGGUAUACAUAUGAAUGCAUAGAAAAUGUUUUAAAAGACUACAUAUCAUAUGCCAAACUGGCUUUCUCUAUGGGGAAUGGAAAUACUGGGGGAAGGGAGCUUUUGUAUUUUAUACACUUUUUAUGUGCUUUUUCUAAAUAAGCCUAUACUUUUUUUAAAGAUUUUUUUUUUUAAAUUUAUUUGACAAAGAGAGAGACAGCAAGAGAGGGAACACAAGCAGGGGGAGUAGGAGAGGGAGAAGCAGGCUUCCCACUGAGCAGAGAGCCCAAUGUGGGGCUUGAUCCCAGGACCCUGGGAUCAUGACCUGAGCCAAAGGCAGACGCUUAACGACUGAGCCACCCAGGGGCCCCAAGCCUAUACUUUUUAAGUUAAAAAUUUUUAAUAAAUAUAUUAUGGAAAAAUUGAAUUUUAAUUUUUGUUAACUGUUAAAUUUUGAUUAAUUUUAAAUUCCUAUAUUUACAUGCCCCUGUUUUUUUUUUAUUCUGCUUUUAGUUUUUUUAUUCUAUGUCUCAGCUUAAAAAACAAACAAAAAAACCAAGAAACCUCUUUUCACCCACUUAAAAAACUUGGGGAUUUUUCUACAGCCCAAUAACACCCUUCAGGGUUUGAUAAUUGUCCUGGCCAUGGUUCAAACCACAAUGAAGUUUCUUUGGGAUCUCCUACUGAGAAUCUGCUGAGAAAGAAUGGCCAGCUGGUUGAUGACCUUUAAUUAUUUUGGAAAUGGAUCCCAGAAUAGAAAAUUCAGUAAUUGGAUUGAUUGCUAUAAGACAGUUUCACUACUUAAAAACACCCUUUGUUUAAACCAUAGAAACUGGGGUAAAUUGGAAACACCGAAUAUUAGUUUUGCUUUAAUUUUACAUGUGGAAUCAUCUUUUCCUUCAUAAAUAAUUGGCUUAGUCUUUUCGGUUUAGCAUGCCAACAGACUUGGCUGUCUGUUGGAUUUUGCUUCUAGACAAGGAGCAGGUCUCAAGUGACUAUAUGGGAGAAAAUAUCUCAAGUGACUUUAUUCCUUUCAAUGUGAGACUUUUACCCCUUUAUGUUUUUGUCCAGCAAGUAGCUAUGCAUCUCUCCCAUGCAAGUAACUGUUUCCUCUUUCUUCUUGGUCGUCCUGUUAUGUGUCCGCACCUGU